AUUACAGAAUUCCCACAAGCUGUGAGAAUGGAUGCAAACAACUCGCUGCAUAUUGUGACGCCCCUAAUUCCUAGUGCAGCUUUGUCACAGCUAUGUGGUCGUCAAGUGUUACUCAAGCUAGAAAAUUGCCAGCCAUCGGGUCAUUUAAAAUCCGUGGGAUAGGAAACUUUGUUCAGAAGAGUAAAGAGAGAGGAUGCAAGCAGGUUGUUUCCUCUUCAGGCGGAAAUGCUGGUAUGGCAUCUGCAUAUGUGGCAAAAAUGUUGGGACUUCCAGCAACAAUUGUUAUUCCUGAGUCAACACCUAAGCUCAUGAUUUCACGGUUAGAGGAAGAGGAGGCUAAAGUCAUGGUUCAUGGAAGAAUUUGGAAUCUGGCUCAUGAGAAGGCACUAGAAAUAGCAGCCA